GUGGAUCUCCAUGUCCUGAAGGUGUUGACGGGUAUCUCUACCCAGGGAGCGGUGUCCAAGGAGACCCAGAAGUCCUACUACGUCACGACCUUUAAGCUGGAGGUCAGCACCAACGGAGAGGACUGGAUGGUCUACCGAUUCGGCAAGAACCACAAGACGUUCAAUGCCAACACAGACUCUACUGAGGUGGUUCUGAACCGGAUCCCCCAGCCUGUUCUGGCCCGCUUCGUACGCAUCAGACCCCAGGCCUGGAAGACAGGCAUCGCCCUGCGCUUCGAACUCUACGGCUGCCAGAUCACUGACGCUCCAUGUUCUGAGAUGCAGGGUAUGCUGUCCGGCCUGCUACCCGACUCCCAGAUCACAGCGUCCUCCAUGAGAGACAUCCACGGCUCCAUGGGGACAGCCAGGCUGGUCGCCAGCCGGUCGGGAUGGUUCCCCAGCCCAACACAGCCUCUGGCCGGGGAGGAGUGGCUCCAGGUGGACUUGGGGGUCCCUAAGACGGUACGAGGCGUCAUCACCCAGGGGGCGAGGAGCGUGGAGGGGAGUACCUCAGCUGAGAACAGGGCCUUCGUCAGGAAGUACCGCGUGUCUCACAGCCUGACGGGGAAGGACUGGACUUUUAUACUGGACAGCAAGACCAACCAUCCUAAGAUCUUCGAGGGCAACACACACUACGACACUCCAGAGAUCCGUCGGUUUGAGGAGAUAACGGCUCAGUUCGUCAGGAUCUACCCAGAGAGGUGGUCUCCUGUCGGGAUAGGGAUGAGGCUGGAGGUGCUGGGAUGUGAACUGCCGGAAAUGACUACUCUUCCUGACACUGCCACAACCCCCCUGCCUAGACUAGAGGAGACCACCGCUGCCUCGAGAGGACCAGGCACAACUGUGUGGUCUCUGGGCGGUCUGUGUGACUUCGAGUCCAGUCUGUGUGGCUGGAUCCCUGACAGCAUGUCAGAGCUGAGCUGGUCUCUCCACAGCGGCAGCCUCUCGUCUGGUCUAACACCUAGUCUGGAUCUACCUCUGUCUCUGCCCAAAGACGACGUGGGUAACUUCCUCCACAUCGAGGCCAGCCCCAGGACAGAGAGACAGCGCGCCCGUCUGGUGAGCCCCGCUGUAGGGCCCGAGACGGGGCCGCUAUGCCUGCUCUUCAACUACCAGCUCCAGGGGCCCGAGAACCAAGGCCAGGGGUCCCUCAGGAUCCUCCUCAGAGACAACGACCGGGAGGAGACUCUGCUCUGGGCCCUCGGAGGAGACCAGGGGCCCGUGUGGAAGGAGGGACGCGCCAUCCUGCCCCAGUCACCCAAAGAGUACCAGGUGGUGAUUGAAGGCUUCUUUGAGCACAGCAACAGAGGACACAUCUGGAUAGACAACAUCCACAUGAGCUCCAGUACUGAGCUGGAACAGUGCACACAACCCUUCGCUGCAUUCCCUCCUGACAUGACUGGGGGAGCUCUUCCUGGUGCCAGUGAGCCCACAGUAGACACAGAGGUGUCAGUGCAGCCCAUCCCACCCUUCUGGUAUUAUGUAAUGGCCGGCGUGGGGGGCCUGUUGCUCCUGGCAUCAGUCUGUCUGGUCAUGGUUCUCUGUUGUCACCGCUAUCAACUAGCAGCCAAGAAGAACAACCAACACUCAGUGUCCUACCAGAGUGCCCACUACCACAGCAGCCACUACGGCCCUGGGCCUAACCACAACCACUACCCCGGGCCUGGGGGGGUUAUGUCGUCCCACUACCCCAACAGAGGGCCUCUGUCUGGGUUGGGGCUGGCAGGACCCACCGCACUUCCAAUGGAACCCAUGCUGUCUAUCCGGCUGGAGAAGGAGGAUGAGCAUCGAGGCUCCCAGUGCUGACUAUGUUUGACACAGAGACAGACAGACAGAGAGACAGACAGAGAGACAGUACUGUGACUGGGCAGGCUGAACCAGACAGAAACACCUGCCCUCAGAUAUCUAUAGACACCCUCAGAUGAUGUCACGAAGGAACGAUCUGGGUCUGACUGGCCUUCUGUUUGGAAUCUGCUGUCUCUGAAGAAAACAUUUUUAAAAAACAUUAUGAGCCAAAAAAGGUGCAGAAAAGGCUUCAACAGGAUUACGAUGCUGCCUCUGUGAAGGAAUGCAGAAAAAAAAGUGCAGAAAAGGCACCAAAGUUUCCUUCUGUUGAUGAUAUUGUUGGUUUCUCUUUAGCCUCUCUCUUAGUGGAGCUGCUGCUUUGUGGCUUUAAGACAGGACGAGGAGGGUUUGCUGUGAUGAUGUGCUUCCUGUUUCAUUGAGCUUGUUUACGUCCAAAACAUCCAGCCAGAACCCUUAGCGACGGGCCCGACUCCUCCAAAGGGUUUCUGGGAAAGAUGGGAUUCGGAAUAAGAGUCUAAGUCCCAAUUGGCACACUAUUCCCUAUAUAGUGCACCAUGGGCCCUGGUCUAAACUGGUGUGCUAUAUAAGGGUAGGUUGCCAUUUUUGGACGGCCCUUAGUCUUUCAGUGGGGAGUUAAACCUUUGAUUGAACAGUCCAAAGGAGAGGACACUCUUAUAGCGAUGCCAAGAUGGAGGAGGGAGGAGAGACGGAAACAGAGACAGAGAUAGAGUGGGUGAGAGAGGAGAGGAGAGGAGAGGAGAAAGAGAGAGAAAAAGAGAGAGCAGAAGGGAGUGGAGUGGAGUGGAGUGGAGUGGAGUGGAGUGGAGUGGAGUGGAGUGGAGUGGAGCCUGGAUAGUCAGAGGGAGCUGUUUCCACGUGGUAGUGCACCUUUGACAUUUACAACAGGAGAGGUGCUCUGUUCACGUAUACAGAGAGAGAGACAGACAGAGAGAGAGACAGACAGAGAGAGAGAGACAGACAGAGAGACAGAGAGAGAGAGAGAGACAGAGAGACAGAGAGAGAGAGAGACAGACAGAGAGACAGAGAGAGAGAGAGAGAGACAGAGAGACAGAGAGAGAGAGAGAGAGACAGACAGAGAGACAGAGAGAGAGAGAGAGAGAGAGAGAGAGAGAGAGACAGAGAGACAGAGAGAGAGAGACAGACAGAGAGACAGAGAGAGAGAGAGACAGACAGAGAGAGAGAGAGAAAAACAGAGACAGAGAGAGAGAGAGACAGACAGAGAGACAGAGAGAGAGAGAGACAGAGAGACAGAGAGACAGAGAGAGAGAGACAGACAGAGAGACAGAGAGAGAGAGAGACAGAGAGACAGAGAGACAGAGAGAGAGAGACAGACAGAGAGACAGAGAGACAGACAGAGAGACAGAGAGAGAGAGAGACAGAGAGACAGAGAGAGAGAGAGACAGAGAGACAGAGAGACAGAGAGACAGAGAGAGAGAAUGCCGGUAUGACAUAUUACUAUUUUGUUUGACCUUCCUCCUGACUCUGGUCCGUGUUUCAGUUUGCUUGGAUGAUGGACUUGCUUGUGUCUGUUUAGAUAUAUUAUAAACUAAUGUUUUAUUUCCUUUAUGAAGGACUGAAGCGAUGGAGACAAUCCUGUACUAACUGCAUUGGCGCACCUAUCAAUGGAGACAAUAUUUGUUUUCUUACUAUAUGCAACAGUCUUCUGAAGCUGCCUUAGACAGCCUUUACCCUCUGAGACAACCUAUAUCUUCUGAAACAGCCUAUACCAUGUGAGACAACCUAUACCCUGUGAGACAACCUAUACCCUGUGAGACAACCUAUACCCUGUGAGACAACCUAUACCCUGUGAGACAACCUAUACCCUGUGAGACAACCUAUACCCUGUGAGACAACCUAUACCCUGUGAGACAACCUAUACCCUGUGAGACAACCUAUACCCUGUGAGACAACCUAUACCCUGUGAGACAACCUAUACCCUGUGAGACAACCUAUACCAUGUGAGACAACCUAUACCCUGUGAGACAACCUAUACCCUGUGAGACAACCUAUACCCUGUGAGACAACCUAUACCCUGUGAGACAACCUAUACCAUGUGAGACAACCUAUACCCUGUGAGACAACCUAUACCCUGUGAGACAACCUAUACCCUGUGAGACAACCUAUACCCUGUGAGACAACCUAUACCCUGUGAGACAACCUAUACCCUGUGAGACAACCUAUACCCUGUGAGACAACCUAUACCCUGUGAGACAACCUAUACCCUGUGAGACAACCUUUACCCUGUGAGACAACCUAUGCCCUGUGAGACAACCUAUACCCUGUGAGACAACCUAUACCCUGUGAGAAAACCUAUACCCUCUCAGACAACCUAUACCCUCUCAGACAACCUAUACCCUGUGAGACAACCUAUACCCUGUGAGACAACCUAUACCCUGUGAGACAACCUAUACCCUGUGAGACAACCUAUACCCUGUGAGACAACCUAUACCCUGUGAGACAACCUAUACCCUGUGAGACAAUCUUUACCCUAUGAGACAACCUAUGCCCUGUGAGACAACCUAUACCCUGUGAGACAACCUAUACCCUGUGAGACAACCUAUACCCUCUCAGACAACCUAUACCCUCUCAGACAACCUAUACCCUGUGAGACAUCCUAUACCCUGUAAGACAACCCUAUACCCUGUGAGACAACCUAUACCCUGUGAGACAACCUAUACCCUCUCAGACAACCUAUACCCUGUGAGACAACCUAUACCCUCUCAGACAACCUAUACCCUGUGAGACAACCUGUACCCUGUGAGACAACCUAUACCCUGUGAGACAACCUAUACCCUGUGAGACAACCUAUACCCUCUCAGACAACCUAUACCCUCUCAGACAACCUAUACCCUGUGAGACAACCUAUACCCUCUCAGACAACCUAUACCCUGUGAGACAACCUAUACCCUCUCAGACAACCUAUACCCUGUGAGACAACCUAUACCCUGUGAGACAACCUAUACCCUGUGAGACAACCUAUACCCUGUGAGACAACCUAUACCCUGUGAGACAACCUGUAACCUGUGAGACAACCUAUACCCUGUGAGAUAACCUAUACCCUGUGAGACAACCUGUAACCUGUGAGACAACCUAUACCCUGUGAGACAACCUAUACCCUGUGAGACAACCUAUACCCUGUGAGACAACCUAUACCCUGUGAGUCAACCUAUACCCUGUGAGACAACCUAUACCCUGUGAGACAACCUAUACCCUGUGAGUCAACCUAUACCCUGUGAGACAACCUAUACCCUGUGAGACAACCUAUACCCUGUGAGACAACCUUUACCCUAUCAGACAACCUAUACCCUGUGAGACAACCUAUACCAUGUGAGACAACCUUUACCCUAUCAGACAACCUAUACCCUGUGAGACAACCUAUACCAUGUGAGACAACCUAUACCCUGUGAGACAACCUAUACCCUCUCAGACAACCUAUACCCUGUGAGACAACAUAUACCCUGUGAGACAACCUAUAUCCUCUCAGAAAACGUAUACCCUGUGAGACCCUCUCAGACAACCUAUACCCUGUGAGACAACCUAUACCCUGUGAGACAACCUAUACCCUGUGAGACAACCUUUACCCUCUCAGACAACCUAUACCCUGUGAGACAACAUAUACCCUGUGAGACAACCUUUACCCUCUCAGACAACCUAUACCCUCUCAGACAACCUAUACCCUCUCAGACAACCUAUACCCUCUCAGACAACCUAUACCCUGUGAGACAACAUAUACCCUGUGAGACAACCUUUACCCUCUCAGACAACCUAUACCCUCUCAGACAACCUAUACCCUCUCAGACAACCUAUACCCUCUCAGACAACCUAUACCUGUGAGACAACCUAUACCCUGUGAGACAACAUAUACCCUGUGAGACAACCUAUACCCUCUCAGACAACCUAUACCCUGUGAGACAACCUAUACCCUCUCAGACAACCUAUACCCUGUGAGACAACCUAUACCCUCUCAGACAACCUAUACCCUGUGAGACAACCUAUACCCUGUGAGACAACCUAUACCCUGUGAGACAACCUGUAACCUGUGAGACAACCUAUACCCUGUGAGACAACCUAUACCCUGUGAGACAACCUGUAACCUGUGAGACAACCUAUACCCUGUGAGACAACCUAUACCCUGUGAGUCAACCUAUACCCUGUGAGACAACCUAUACCCUGUGAGACAACCUAUACCCUGUGAGACAACCUAUACCCUGUGAGACAACCUAUACCCUGUGAGACAACCUAUACCCUGUGAGACAACCUAUACCCUGUGAGACAACCUAUACCCUAUCAGACAACCUAUACCCUGUGAGACAACCUAUACCAUGUGAGACAACCUAUACCCUGUGAGACAACCUAUACCCUCUCAGAAAACUUAUACCCUGUGAGACCCUCUCAGACAACCUAUACCCUGUGAGACAACCUAUACCCUGUGAGACAACCUAUACCCUGUGAGACAACCUAUACCCUGUGAGACAACCUUUACCCUUUCAGACAACCUAUACCCUGUGAGACAACAUAUACCCUGUGAGACAACCUUUACCCUCUCAGACAACCUAUACCCUGUGAGACAACAUAUACCCUGUGAGACAACCUUUACCCUCCCAGACAACCUAUACCCUCUCAGACAACCUAUACCCUCUCAGACAACCUAUACCCUCUCAGACAACCUAUACCCUGUGAGACAACCUAUACCCUGUGAGACAACCUAUACCCUGUGAGACAACCUAUACCUAUAGAGUGUAGAAACCUAUAGCUAGGGCUCUAUUCAAUCCGUAUCGCGGACGUUCAACGUUGCAGCGUGAUUUACAUUGAAAGGGAAUGUUUUCUCCUGAGUGGAGACUGCUUUUCGUGGUAUACGCUGCACACCUGUAUGUUUUAUCUCAAUCGGAUAUUGGCGUGACAUUUCUAUGCCACGGUGUGUAAGGCUUCUAGGGAUCCGGACUGAAUAUAGAGACCCUGAUCUGAGACCAGACGUCUCGUUAUAUCUAUUGGCUCCAACCGAAAGCAGGGUCAGACAGGGAGGGUUUGGGAUUGGCUCCAACAGAAAGCAGGGUCAGACAGGGAGGGUUUGGGAUUGGCUCCAACAGAAAGCAGGGUCAGAUAGGGAGGGUCUGGCUCCAACAGAAAGCAGGGUCAGACAGGGAGGGUCUGGGAUUGGCUCCAACAGAAAGCAGGGUCAGACAGGGAGGGUUUGGGAUUGGCUCCAACAGAAAGCAGGGUCAGAUAGGGAGGGUCUGGGAUUGGCUCCAACAGAAAGCAGGAUCAGACAGGGAGGGUUUGGCUCCAACAGAAAGCAGGGUCAGACAGGGAGGGUCUGGGAUUGGCUCCAACAGAAAGCAGGGUCAGAUAGGGAGGGUCUGGGAUUGGCUCCAACAGAAAGCAGGGUCAGACAGGGAGGGUUUGGGAUUGGCUCCAACAGAAAGCAGGAUCAGACAGGGAGGGUUUGGGAUUGGCUCCAACAGAAAGCAGGGUCAGACAGGGAGGGUCUGGGAUUGGCUCCAACAGAAAGCAGGAUCAGACAGGCAGGGUCUGAUGGAGAGUGAGAUGGAGAGAGAGAUGUAGAGAUCAAAGAUAACCUUUUUUCUAACGAAUGAUAGAUAGAUGUUAUUUCUCUGGAAGGAGGAAAAUUAUUUUUUCAAACACAGACACAUGAAAGCAUUGGGCAGACAGACGGACUGGCAGAGAGGGAGAGAGACCUUCUGACCCAGCUCUGGGCAGACAGACAGACUGGCAGGGAGGGAGAGAGACCUUCUGACCCAGCUCUGGGCAGACAGACGGACUGGCAGAGAGGGAGAGAGACCGUCUGACCCAGCUCUGGGCAGACAGACGGACUGGCAGAGAGGGAGAGAGACCUUCUGACCCAGCUCUGGGCAGACAGACAAACUGGCAGGGAGGGAGAGAGACCUUCUGACCCAGCUCUGGGCAGACAGACGGACUGGCAGAGAGGGAGAGAGACCGUCUGACCCAGCUCUGGGCAGACAGACGGACUGGCAGAGAGGGAGAGAGACCGUCUGACCCAGCUCUGGGCAGACAGACGGACUGGCAGAGAGGGAGAGAGACCGUCCCAGCAGGCCUAGUGUAAGGGACAUUCAGCACUCUCGAUCUGUAGACCAAUUGGACAAUGAUUGCUCCCCAUGGCGUGGUAUUCACAGAAUGUGUAACUAGCUAGAUGGACAUACUAAUGGUUCACUGCUUUUCACUCCAUCAGAACCAUGUUGUUGGGUCCUCUCAUGUUCCACACUGUAACAGAACCAUGUUGUUGGGUCCUGUCUCAUGUUCCACUCUGUAACAGAACCAUGUUGUUGGGUCCUGUCUCAUGUUCCACUCUGUAACAGAACCAUGUUGUUGGGUCCUGUCUCAUGUCCACUCUAUCAGAACCAUAUUGUUGGGUCCUGUCUCAUGUUGUUGGGUCCUGUCUCAUGUUCCACUCUGUAACAGAACCAUGUUGUUGGGUCCUGUCUCAUGUUCCACUCUGUAACAGAACCAUAUUGUUGAGUCCUGUCUCAUGUUCCACUCUAUCAGAACCAUAUUGUUGGGUCCUGUCUCAUGUUCCACUCUGUAACAGAACCAUAUUGUUGAGUCCUGUCUCAUGUUCCACUCUAUCAGAACCAUAUUGUUGGGUCCUGUCUCAUGUUGUUGGGUCCUGUCUCAUGUUCCACUCUGUAACAGAACCAUGUUGUUGGGUCCUGUCUCAUGUUCCACUCUGUAACAGAACCAUAUUGUUGGGUCCUGUCUCAUGUUGUUGGGUCCUGUCUCAUGUUCCACUCUGUAACAGAACCAUAUUGUUGGGUCCUGUCUCAUGUUCCACUCUGUAACAGAACCAUGUUGUUGGGUCCUGUCUCAUGUUCCACUCUGUAACAGAACCAUGUUGUUGGGUCCUGUCUCAUGUUCCACUCUGUAACAGAACCAUGUUGUUGGGUCCUGUCUCAUGUUCCACUCUGUAACAGAACCAUGUUGUUGGGUCCUGUCUCAUGUUCCACUCUAUCAGAACCAUGUUGUUGGGUCCUGUCUCAUGUUCCACUCUGUAACAGAACCAUGUUGUUGGGUCCUGUCUCAUGUUCCACUCUGUAACAGAACCAUGUUGUUGGGUCCUGUCUCAUGUUCCACUCUAUCAGAACCAUGUCGUUGGGUCCUGUCUCAUGUUCCACUCUGUAACAGAACCAUGUUGUUGGGUCCUGUCUCAUGUUCCACUCUAUCAGAACCAUGUUGUUGGGUCCUGUCUCAUGUUCCACUCUGUAACAGAACCAUAUUGUUGGGUCCUGUCUCAUGUUCCACUCUGUAACAGAACCAUGUUGUUGGGUCCUGUCUCAUGUUCCACUCUAUCAGAACCAUGUUGUUGGGUCCUGUCUCAUGUUCCACUCUGU